GUGUGAGAGAGAGAGAGAGAGACAGGGAGAGAGACAGAGUGAGGCGUGUCUGUUUAAAAAAACCACUCCACUAUCCUGCUUGGCUGUCCACUUCAUUCCAUUGGAGAGUUUGGCAACGGCUCUUUUAGUUCAGGCCUGAGGGGUGUGGAGCAAUCCUGUUUCUGUAUUUAAAGACUUGUGCAGCAGAUUUGUUGGUUGAAUUUGAGCAAAAUUUUGUCAUCAUAAUGGCUUCAACACUAGACGAGAAAAGGAAAUCAACUUUGAAGGAUAUUGCCAACAAGCUCCGAGUGCACAGCAUCAACUCCACCACUGCUGCCAACUCGGGACAUCCAACAUCAUGCUGUUCUGCUGCAGAGAUCAUGUCUGUGCUUUUCUUCAACACCAUGAGAUACAGCACCAGCGAACCACGUGACCCUAACAGUGACCGCUUCAUCAUGUCAAAGGGUCACGCUGCUCCCAUCUUGUAUGCAGCCUGGGCUGAAGCUGGGGUAGUCAACGUAGAUGACCUUAACAACCUCCGGAAGAUUGACUGCUUACUUGAAGGACAUCCUACACCUAGACUGUCCUUUGUAGAUGUGGCAACUGGUUCACUGGGGCAGGGCCUGAGUGUGGCUGCUGGCAUGGCUUAUACUGGCAAAUACUUUGACAAGGCUGACUACCGCACUUAUUGCAUGGUCGGAGACGGUGAGAGCGCAGAGGGAUCGAUUUGGGAAGCUUGUGCAUUUGCCAGCUACUAUAAACUGGACAAUCUUGUGACUAUCUUUGACGUCAACCGCCUUGGUCAGAGUCAACCAACGUCUCUCGGCCAUGAGUUGGAAGUCUACCAGAAGAGACUUGAAGCAUUUGGGAUGCAUACUAUUGUUGUGGAUGGUCAUGAUGUUGAGGAACUGAACAAAGCCUUCUAUGAAGCUUCUAUUACCAAGGGCAAACCCACUGCCGUUGUUGCAAAGACAUUCAAAGGCCACGGCUGUCCAGGUGUGGCAGAUCUUGAUAAUUGGCAUGGAAAGGCUCUUGGUGCCAAGACAGAGGAAGCACUGAAUGCUAUCAAGGCUCAAAUUAAAAAUCCUGGACCACACGGUAUCACCAUUCCUGCUCCUGCAAGCUCUUGUGCCCCUACUGACCUGAAAAGUGUUCGUCUGAGUGAUCCUCCCAGUUAUCAACCUGGGGAUAAGGUUGCAACCCGUGUAGCUUAUGGUACAGCUCUUGUCAAACUGGGUAAAACCCUGCCCAAUGUAGUGGCCUUGGAUGGGGACACCAAGAACUCUACCUUUGCCAUCACCUACAAGAAUGCCUUCCCAGACAGGUUUGUUGAGUGCUUCAUUGCAGAGCAGAAUCUUGUCGGUGUGGGGAUUGGCUGCGCCUGUCGUGAUCGCAAUGUGGUGUUUGUGAGCGCCUUCGCUUGUUUCCUGUCUAGGGCUUACGAUCAGGUCCGCAUGGGUGCCAUCUCCCAGACCAAUGUCAACUUUGUUGGUUCUCAUUGUGGUGUCUCUAUUGGUGAGGAUGGACCAUCUCAGAUGGCUCUGGAAGACAUCGCUAUUUUCCGUGCCAUCCCGACCUGUACGGUAUUCUACCCCAGUGAUGCAGUCUCCUGCGAACGUGCUAUUGAGUUGGCUGCAAAAGUUCCAGGUAUCACAUUCACCCGCACGAGCCGCCCAGCCACCACCAUGCUCUAUGGCAACGAUGAAGCCUUUGAGAUUGGAAAGGCUAAGGUGGUACGUCAGACAGCUGAUGACAAAGCAGUCCUUGUGGGAGCAGGAAUCACCCUCCAUGAGGCCCUGGCUGCUGCUGAUCAACUCAAGGCAGAGGGUAUCAAUGUCACUGUGGUGGAUCCUUUCACUAUCAAACCCAUAGAUGGCGCUACACUCAGAGCAUGUGCCAAGGCUGCUGGUGGACUCAUACUGACAGUUGAAGAUCAUUACUCUGAAGGUGGUUUGGGUGAAGCUGUAGCUGGAGCCGUAGCCACUGAUUCAGGCAUCACGGUGCACCGUCUGGCUGUCAAGGGAGUCCCACGCAGUGGACCCUCAAAGGCUCUCCUUGACAUGUUUGGCAUCAGUGCAUCCUGCAUCUUCAAGAAAGUCAAGGAGAUAUUAGCCUAAAGAUGAGACUGAUGUCAUUACUUGUACAUUUCACUCUUCACCCCCCCCUUUCCUUUUCUGUGUAGUUCCUUGUAGGGUGAGUGUACUUGGUGAUCAGUCCACCUAGGUGACUUGUCCAUCUAUACAAGUCACACAUCCCUACUAUUUUCACAAAUUAUGAGCUGAUCCAUUGAAAUAGGAUGAAGAUAUUAAUCAAAGAGAAAGCUAGGAGUUGGAAUAAUUGUCAGAAAGGCAUGAUAUAUGUAUGGAAUGCAGUCAUGCUUUUACUUUGAGUAAUAUAUUCAUUUUCACGCUCCUAGAGUUGCUUGAUAUAAUUACAAAUGUUUUCACAUUAAGAGCUGAACCCCUGAACAGUUAUUCUAUUCACAUUGCCAAUAUCUCUGAGAUUUUAAACAAAAGAAUUAUAAAUUUAAAGGGGAAUCCAACCCAAAUAAAUACUUGUUUUUAUAAGGAAAAGAAAAAUCAGACAAGUUGAUUGGUGAAAGUUUGAACAAUAUUGGACAAAUAACAAGAAAGUUAUGAAUUUUUAAAAGUUGUAAAUAUUGGUAAUCACUAUACCCAUGGAGACCUCAAAUUGGCCGCAUAUGGGAUGUCAUAGUGAUGUAAGGCAAGGACUACUCUUCCAUGUACUCCAAUACAUAUAAUGGCUAAAAUGUCAUUUCCCCCAAAAGUUUUAUUUCAAAUUAUAUUUUUCUUUCAUGAGGAUAUGAAACAAUAUACUUCCUGGGUUAUAUUUAGAUUACUGCCCCAGGGGAAUGGGUACUUAGGAGAAAACCACAAAUCGCUGAUAAUAAAGUACAUGGCCUAUGGGAAAGUUGUCCUUGCCCCUUGUCAUAAUUUACUUACCAAGUUGCCAAUUUGAAAUCUACAUAGUAUCAGUGAUCUCAAUUUUAAAGCAGCUGUAACUUUCUUAUUGCUUGUCCGAUUUCUUUCAAACUUUCACCAUUCUGUUUAAUUUAUUUUUCUCCUCCCCAACACAACAUAUUAUGGCCAAGGCUGGAUUCCCCUUUAAGAUAUUCAUUGCAUCUCCAUGUAUUUGAAAAUAUGCAAAGUAUCCUCACCUGUAGCUGACCUACCUGCUAUGUAAAAAGAUGAUGAUACUUGGAAAAUUUAAUCGUAAUGGAUGAUGCUUAUGAAUUUGAUCAACAUAAUCUUUUCUUUAUCACUUUCUACAAGUAAGAAGAUCAUGUAUUUUAGGAGUACUUUCAAAGAAAAUAUCCAAGUACAAGAA